AUGCUCUUCUAUAAACAUGCUGGCUAUAAAACUAAUACUCGAGUGUUUCGAGACAUUGUCAGAGCAUAUCAUUUUGCGUCAAGUCCAUCUAAGCUUCAGUCGAACAGAGUUCCUUCAUGGAUAAGAAUUAGUAGAACUCCGCUUCUAUCCGCGUUCUCUACAAGUGAAAAUCUAUCGAGAAUGGGGGGGAAUAUGAUAAACUGGGAUAGAUUUGGGUUAAGAGGCCUUGGGAGACAAGAAAAAUGGUCAGAUAGUCUUUUGGGUGAGCGCUUAAAACAGUUCCAAAGUUCGACUGAGGUUAAACAAAGAGCUUCUGAAAUGAAACUACGAGGAAAAAAUUUUCGUAAAGCUGUGGAGGAUUUCAUUAAUGCUGUUCAUAAUGGAAGAAUUGAGCGUUGUGAGAUAUCAACUAUGAGAACAGCCUUUGAAGAAAAUGGGGUAGAUGGGAUUGAUAAAGUGUUGAUGUCCGCGUUUUAUGAGUUUUCUCAAAAUUAUCUUGAGGGUGAUCAAUUAGAAGCAUUUAGUUCAUUACGGCAGCUUAGUGACUUGCGAUAUCCCGCGGAUUGGCAUCCUGCUGCCAGAGCAAUGCAACGGAAAAUAAUAAUGCAUGUUGGGCCUACAAAUUCCGGAAAAACAUAUCAUGCUCUCAAACGAUUAGAAGGAGCAGCUUCAGGCAUAUACUGCGGUCCUUUACGUCUACUUGCUCAUGAAAUCUUUGAAAGAAUGAAUCAGAAAGGAAUCCCUUGUAAUUUAAUCACUGGAGAAGAAAGGCGUGAAAUGCCCGGUGAAGUUCCGUUGACAUCAUCAACUGUAGAGAUGGCGAAUCUAACUAAAGAAAUGGAUGUUGCAGUAGUUGAUGAAAUUCAAAUGAUUUCAGAUCAAGCACGUGGUUGGGCUUGGACACAAGCUUUGCUGGGCUUACAAGCGAAAGAAAUUCAUCUAUGUGGAGAAGCUUCCGCUGUACCCUUGAUAAAAUCCAUAUGUGCUACAUUCAAUGAGGAUGUCGAAGUUCGAGCAUAUGAACGUCUUACUCCAUUGACAGUAGCAGGGUACUCGCUAAAUGGAAGUUUUAGAAAUAUUCGAAAAGGAGAUUGUGUGGUCACUUUUUCUAGAAAGAAUAUUUUUGCUGUGAAACAGGAAAUUGAAAAAGAAACUGGAUAUAGAUGUGCGGUCGCUUAUGGAGGAUUACCUCCCGAAACGAGGUCUAUGCAAGCAAGAUUAUUUAAUGAUCCUGAUAGUGGCUAUGAUGUUCUUGUUGCAAGUGAUGCUGUAGGAAUGGGCUUAAAUCUAAAUAUCAAACGUAUUGUUUUUGAAACAGUCCAAAAAUGGGAUGGGAGAAAGUUAUCUCCUAUACCGUUUCCAUUUAUUAAACAAAUUGCUGGGCGUGCUGGUCGAUUUUCUACUACGAAUAAUGCGGGUGAAGUUACCACGUUAGUAUAUGAUGAUCUCAAAUAUUUGCAUAAAGCGAUGACGGCACCAAUCCAAAAUUUAGAGAUGGCAGGAUUACAACCAAAAGUAGAACAAGUAGAUCUUUUUUCUCAUCAACUCACAACGCCUCACAGUUUUUCCGAAUUAUUGGGUAAAUUUGAAUUGUUAUCUCGCGUGGACGAUAUGAUUGAGAAUCUUCCACUGGACAUACCAGAUCGAUAUACUUUUUCAACGGCCCCAACAAAUACCACAGAUCCAUUAGUAAUGGCUUAUUUGAACAAGUUCGCUACGAUGUACAGCAAACAAGAAGUAUGCCUACUGGAAAGUUUAGUCCGAGUUCCUGAGUCACAUGCCACGACAAACGAAAGAUUAAAGGAACUAGAAUCGGCUCACCGAGUCGUAAUGUUAUAUAUGUGGUUAAGUUUCAGAUAUCCAGGAUCAUUUUCAUCUGUUGAGGCUGCAGAAGGUAUAAAGAAACAAUUAGAAAAUUUAAUUUUGCAAUCACUGCAUACUAUCAGAUUCACAAGAGUAAGACCUCGUGGAGGAGUCGAUCUUGGCGAGACACAAACUGGAAAAGUCAAGGAGAUGGUUUUCGAAGGAAAAUCAACUGGUCCUACAAGAACGGCAGCAACAACCACAACCACUCCGUCGAUUUGA